AUGGCGGAAGAGAGGAGACGAUUGGCGGCGUCGGUGGAUGAACUGAAAAGAGAGUUGCAGAGAAGGGUGAAUUGUAUAGUUGAAAACGCUGAUUACACUAUUGAAGACAUUGAUGAAGCAAUACAUUGUUUGAGUGCUCUAGAAGACUUGAAACUGACAGCUGCUCCACCCCCUGAAUACCUUUGCCCAAUUUCUCAUCAGCUUAUGAAAGACCCUGUUGUUCUUGCUUCUGGACAGACAUAUGACAGACCAUACAUUGAAAACUGGCUCAACAAGGGUAAUCGAACGUGUCCUGAAACAAAGGAGCUUCUCCCCAAUUCACAUCUCAUCCCAAAUCUUGUUAUGAGAAAACUUAUUUCACUCUGGUGCAAAGACCAUGGGAUCCAACAUGGUGUAAUCCCAGAAUCAGACCGACAUCAUUUCAAUUCACUUCUUCAGAUAUUGUCAUCGAAUCAUGAUCUUCCCGAGAAGAUAAAAGCUGCAAAACUAGUUCGUAUUCUCACUAAAAGCUUUCCACCUCUACGGGCUUUUUUCCAAUGGGACACUGUUGCUCUUACUAAACUGCUACAUCCUUUAAUGUCGGGAAAUGUGAAUGAUCAUCCUAAAUUACAAGAAGAAUUGAUCACAACAAUUAUGAACAUCUCAUUACAUGACCCAAAUAAAAAGAUUAUAGCAACAAAUCCUCUUGUCAUUCCUUUACUUGUUCAGUCUUUGAAAUUCGGAACACUUGAAACAAGAAGCAACUCUGCUGCUGCUCUCUGCACACUAUCAUCACUUGACUCAAACAAGUCUAUUAUAACAAAGGCAGGUGCUCUCGAGCCGUUAGUCAAACUCCUCGAUGAAGGACCACUCUUGGCCAUGAAAGAUGCUGCUGCAGCAAUUGUUAAUCUCGCUGUUGUCAAGGAAAAUAGAUCUAUAGCUGUUUUUGAAGGAGCAGUAAAGGUGAUUAUGAAGAAGAUCACUGAUCGCAUACUCGUUGAUGAAUUGUUAGUCCUUCUUUCCAUGCUGUCCACUUAUGACAAACCUAUUGAGCAGAUGGUAAAGCUCGAUGCAGUCUCUUGUCUACUUAGUAUCAUUAAGGAGGACACAAGUGAUAAAAGCAAAGAGCACUGCAUCGCGAUUCUUCACACACUGUGUUAUAACGACAGAACAAGGUUGCAAGAGAUAUGGAGAGAUGAGAGUGUUAACGGGAUCAUAGCUAAUCUUGCCUUAAAUGGGACGACUAGAGCCAAGAGGAAGGCGAAAGAAAUUGUUGAGCGGAUUGACAAAUAUUUCUCUGGUGCGCAAACUAGUUGAGGCUGAAUUAAUCUUUUGCAUAUGCACAUUCUGUUGGAAAUUGUUCUACGCCUUUUUCUCUAUCCAAAGACAUAAUUUUCUCUUGGAUUUUCAAGUGGCAUAGUGUAUGUCACUAGAACAAAAAUGACUAUUAACGACAUUUAA